AUGCUUUUUGACGACAAGUACAAUCUGACGGGGCUCCUCGACUGGACCUACUCCCAAGCUGUCCCUCUUGAGCACUUAUCUGUCUUUGACGAAUUCUUCAUCUCUGGCGACAUAAGCCUUGAGCUUAAGAGACUCGUGGUCGAAUCUCUAAGAGACAUGGAGAGAGACCGAGAGGAGAGACCGCCCCUAGACAACCCGGACAUGGACAUGACCCCGUACCAGGAUCUCACGACCCUCUCCGAAUACAUGGCGAUGUCCAUGGGUGCCGAGAUCGCCUAUCAUCACUUUACAACUCCUAUUCAACGGCGCCUUUCGGCCGGGAAGGUGGUGGCGGAGAUCAUGUAUGGCAAUACUAUUACUUGGGAGCAGCUGAGAGAAGUGCAUGGCGCCAUGCCUCUUUUCUAG